AUGCCCGAGGCCAUGGCGGCAGAGUCACGGCCUCCAGCACCCUCAAGUCGAGGCGGGCACCGGGGACCGCAGAGAGGGGGCCGAUCAAGGCGUGGCCGAGGCAGAGGUCGAGGAGGUGCUGCUCGCACGGCAGAAGAGGCCGGUCGAGCUGCGCCAGCCCCACUGGAACAUACUCAUGUUCACACUGACAAUGCUUCAGUGCAGUCGGCUGACUCUCACCGGGGUAGUCAGACUACAGAUCGCUCAAGGGGUGGACGUGGAAGAAGAGGUGGACCGCGGCCAAGGGGUGGGCGAGGAGCACCAUCAGUCGAGGUUGCCACUCUCGGCCCCAGAAGAGCUUUUGGAGGCCACUUGACUGCAGACGCGCAACCUGAUGCCGUUGAAGGACCGGCAUUGAGCGGAGAUGCGCCCGUCUUCGUCCCCGGACAGCCGGUGGUAUCAAGGCCCACCACUCAGCAAGCACCACCCAAGGUCCCUCAUACUAGACGGGCCUCGAAAUCUUCAGCACUGGACCUACCAACUCGGAUCCAUGAGGACAUUGACAAUGGUCAAUACGAAUGCGUCAUCUGCACUGGCGAGGUUCUGCGGACCUCCCAAAUUUGGUCCUGCUCACUAUGCUGGACAGUUGCUCAUCUACACUGCGUCAAAAAAUGGUACAAGAAUCAGAUGAAAAAGGACGAUCAGCCACAGAACCCAGAUCAGCCUAAGACAUGGAGGUGCCCCGGAUGCAACUCUGCUAUGGGCGAGAACGAAGAACCGCGAGUGCACCAUUGCUGGUGUGGCAAGGAGAUCAACGCGAAAUCCAUCGUGGGCUUACCUCCACAUUCAUGUGGACAAACCUGCUCCAAGCCUCGAUCGACCUGUCCCCACCCAUGCCCUCAAGAGUGCCAUGCUGGGCCUUGUGAGCCUUGUAAGCUCAUGGGUCCGGAGCAGGCAUGUUUCUGUGGUAAGAACGCUUCGAGGAAACGGUGCAGUGAGACCGAUUACAUCAAUGGCUGGAGCUGCCACGAGCUCUGUGGCGAUCUACUUCCCUGCGGCGAACACACUUGUGUCCAAGAGUGCCACCCCGGACUGUGUGGGACCUGCGCUCUUCCAAUGCCUUCCAGGUGUUACUGUGGCAAGGAGCAGAAGGAGCUUCCUUGCGAGCAGCGCGACGAACUGCUCGAGUCUUUCAACUACGGGCAGGUGAAGAAGGGUGAGGAGGAGGGAGAGAGUCAAGCGAUCGACGACGAGUGGUUCGACGGUUCCUUCCACUGUGGGUCAGUCUGUGGAAGAAAGUUCGACUGCGGUGUUCAUGAGUGCCAGAAGAAAUGCCACCCCCAAGACGAGAAGGCAGCUCAUUGCACUUUCUCUCCGGAUAUUGUCUCUCACUGUCCAUGCGGUAAGACUGCUUUGACAGAAAUCCUCGAGACACCGAGACAGUCCUGCAGAGACCCUAUUCCGCAUUGCAGCAAGACCUGUGAGAAGGUUCUGCCCUGCGGCCAUAGAUGUCAAAACGCUUGUCACGAUGGCGCUUGCGAGCCCUGCAUGCAGACAGUCGAUAUUCCUUGCCGCUGUGGCCGGACGACGACAGAGGCCAUCUGCCACAAGGGUCUAGCUUCGCCCCCUCAGUGCGAGAGAAUUUGCCGAGCACAACUCAACUGUGGGCGACACGAGUGUGGUAAGCCCUGUUGCUCUGGUGAGAGACGGGCCACUGAACGACAGGCUGCAAAGCGCAAACGCAAUGCAAAUACAGCAGUAAACGAGGAGUUCGAGGCAGAACACAUCUGUCUACGAACUUGCGGCCGGCUGCUGAAGUGCGGAACUCACCGAUGCCAAGAGCUGUGCCACAAAGGCCCCUGUGGUAGCUGCAGAGAAGCCAUCUUUGACGAGAUCGCUUGCUCCUGCGGUAGAACCGUCCUUUACCCUCCUCAGCCUUGCGGAACACGGCCACCGGAGUGUCGAUUCGACUGCACCAAGCCUCGAGCUUGUGGACAUCCCACGGUGCAGCAUAACUGCCACCCAGACGAUGUCCCGUGCCCAAAAUGCCCCUUCUUGGUAGAGAAGACAUGCAUCUGUGGCAAACAGAACCUCAAGAACCAGCCCUGCUGGUUCGAUGAGGUUCGCUGCGGCCUGCCCUGUGGUAAGACCCUCAAGUGCGGCACGCACAAGUGCAUGAAGCUCUGCCACAAGCCGGGCGAGUGCGAGGACGCCGGCAUCACGGGCAGCCACUGCACCCAGCCCUGCGGCAAGACGCGCCGCUCCUGCGAGCACGUCUGCACCGACGAGUGCCACGCCCCCUACGCCUGCAAGGAGGACCGCCCCUGCCAGUCCAAGACGUUCGUCACCUGCGACUGCCAGAACCGCAAGCAGGAGGUGCGCUGCCUCGCGAGCCGGACGAACCCCUUCCCGGCGCGCGAGCCGCUCAAGUGCGACGACGAGUGCCUGCGCCUGCAGCGCAACGCGCGCCUCGCGCAGGCGCUCAACAUCGACCCGGCCACGCACACGGACGACCACGUGCCCUACUCGGACGCCACGCUCAAGCUGUUCCGCGAGAGCACCGCGUGGGCGCAGGCGCAGGAGCGCGAGUUCCGCGUCUUCGCCGAGGACCGCGGCGAGAGGCGCCUGCGCUUCAGGCCCAUGCCCGCCCACCAGCGCGCCUUCCUGCACGCCCUGGCCGAGGACUUUGGGCUCGACAGCGAGAGCCAGGACCCGGAGCCGCACCGCCACGUCGCCGUCUUCAAGACGCCGCGCUUCGUCUCGGCGCCCCGCAAGACGCUCGCCCAGUGCGUCAGCAUCCUCAAGGCGCAGGCCCCGCCGCCGGCGACCCCCGCGGCCAAGGCCUCGGCCGUCCAGCCGUACAACGCCUUCUUGCUGUCGGCGCCGCGCUUCGCCCUCACUAUCGACGAGGUCGGCGCGGCCCUCGCGCCGCACCUGGCUGGCCCCGGCGGCGCUCCGUCGGGACUGUCCUUCCACACCACUUUCCUGCCGUCGGACGACAAAUUCGUCGUCAAGGCCUCGGCGCCCGGCGCCACGGCCGCCAGCGUCGCGCGGUCCGGCCCGGCCCCGACGCCCGCGGGCAUCGAGACGAGCCUCACGGCGCUGAAGCCGGCCGUCGCGCGCGCGGUCGCGGCCGACAAGCUUGCGGGCAGCGUGACGCUGUGCGCCGUCGACGACGCGGGCCACGUCGUCCGGCACGAGGGGGACGGGAGCGCGGGCGGGGCGGGGUCGGGAUGGAGCGCCGUGGCCGGGCGGGCGGCGGCCAGGCCCCGCGCGGCGCCGGCGACGGGAUGGGCUAUCAACAGCGGCGGCAAGCUCAAGAGCUCGUUUGUGGCGCUGCGGAAGAAGGCCGAGAUGCCGCGCGAGAGCGAGCGGGAGCGCGAGCGGGAGCGUGAGGAGGCCAAGGCCAAGGCGGCGCGGGAGCAGGAGGAGGAGGUCGAGGAGGACUGGGAGGAUGCGGCGGAGAAGCUGGAAGAUUAG